ACCCACAAUCCUUCGCGGCGGCGUCCCAUAAAACAAAACACACAGACUACUUAGAUGUUUGCUAGCGCCGCACAGAGCUUAGCUUUAUCACAGCGCUCCUGAUUGAUUUUAUUACACAAAAAGGACACCGGGAGAAUUAAAAAACGUUUCCAGAGACAAUAUUAAUAGACCCGAGCGAGUUUGCGGGUUUGGUACCAGAAUCACCGCGGCUCACCUUCUCCCCUAAACGAUCACCUCCAUGGACCAGGACUACGAGCGCCGGCUUCUGCGGCAAAUCAACGUCCAAAAUGACAACGCCAGCCCCGUCAAAGUCACAGAGGUGAUCCGUCACCUGACGCCCACCAAGUCGCCGAUGUCCUCGCCCAGCAAGCAUGGGGAUCGGUUCAUCCCAUCACGAGCAGGAGCCAACUGGAGCAUCAACUUCCACAGGAUCAACGAGAACGAGAAGUCCCCAAGCCAGAAUAAGAAAACCAAGGACGCCACCGCGGACACCGGGAAAGCAGCGGACGGCUUGGCGUACUCCGCGCUCCUAAAGAACGAGCUGCUCGGAGCCGGGAUCGAGAAAGUGCAGGACCCUCAGACGGAAGACAGGAGGCUGCAGCCGUCGACGCCGGAGAAACGAAGUCUCUUUAGCUACACGCUCAGCGCCAAGAGAGCCACACCGGACGACGGCAACAACGUCUCUCCUUACUCUCUGUCCCCCGUGAGCAGCAAAAGUCAAAAGUUGCUCCGUUCGCCGAGGAAGCCGACUCGCAAAAUCUCCAAAAUCCCGUUUAAGGUUUUGGAUGCACCAGAGCUGCAAGACGAUUUCUACCUCAACCUGGUGGACUGGUCCUCCUUAAACGUGCUCAGCGUCGGCCUGGGGACCUGCGUGUACCUGUGGAGUGCCUGCACGAGCCAGGUGACGCGGCUGUGCGACCUGUCCGUAGAGGGAGACUCUGUGACGUCGGUCGGCUGGUCAGAGAGGGGGAAUCACGUAGCGGUCGGGACACACAAAGGAUUCGUGCAGAUCUGGGACGCAGCAGCCGGCAAGAAACUGUACACGCUAGAGGGACACACGGCUCGAGUCGGUGCGUUGGCGUGGAACGCAGAUCAGCUCUCCUCAGGCAGCAGGGACCGUCUGAUCCUACAGAGGGACAUCAGGACGCCGCCGCUGCAGUCCGAGCGCAGGCUGCACGGCCACAGGCAGGAAGUGUGCGGCCUUAAGUGGAGCACCGACCACCAGCUGCUCGCCUCGGGAGGAAACGAUAACCGGCUGCUGGUGUGGAAUCACUCGAGCGUAGCACCAGUUCAGUACACAGAGCACUUAGCAGCAGUGAAGGCAAUCGCGUGGUCUCCUCACCAACACGGCCUGCUGGCGUCCGGAGGAGGAACGGCCGACCGCUGCAUCCGCUUCUGGAACACGCUCACGGCUCAGCCGCUCCAGUGCAUCGACACCGGCUCUCAGGUCUGCAACCUGGCCUGGUCCAAACACACCAACGAACUGGUCAGCACACACGGUUAUUCACAGAACCAGAUCCUCGUGUGGAAAUACCCGUCUCUCACUCAGAUCGCCAAACUGACCGGUCACUCGUACAGAGUGCUUUAUCUGGCGAUGUCUCCAGACGGCGAAGCCAUCGUGACCGGAGCGGGCGAUGAGACGCUACGUUUCUGGAACGUGUUUAGCAAAAGUCGAUCGACGAAGGAGUCCGUUUCCGCUUUAAACCUGUUCACCAGGAUACGGUGAAGUCGUGGCUCGAGUACCAGGAUCGCACCGGGUUGUUGUUUUUUUCUUUCCCCCUAUCCCGUGAUGGACGGGGUAAAGCCGAAGAGGCCGUGUACAGUCACGAACUUGGAACUUCUGCCUCGUCAUUCUUUCGUUUUAUGUUCGUUGUACAGUGUUUUUUUUUUUUAUGUUGCCAGGACUUUUCCAAACCUUAAGAUCAUACUGUACUCCUAACAUUCAUGGGUGGUGAAGGAGAAAAAGCACCGACACGUAAUCGUCAGGAGGCGAAAAUUCGUUCUCGUUGUUUAUUGGAGAGAAAAUUGUAAAAUAUGUAUUUAAAAAAAAAAAAAAAAUCAUGAGUGUACAGAAACAUGUCUGUCUGAAUGAUGCCAUCAAGUGGAGCUGGAAAGAUUUACAUUACAAACCACCCUGAAUGAGCA